AUGUAUAAAGUGAUAUUAUUGUGCUCACUUGUUCUAUUUGCAAGCAGCAUGAGUGAAGGAGAGACCCUAUUACAAUCUUUACAAAACACUGAAUUCGGAAAAACUAUUAUUUAAACUAUUCAAGUUUAAUUACAAGGAAAUAGCAGUGUUGAUAAAAUUAUUGAUCUUCUAACUCAAAUGAAAGAUAGAAUCAAUGCAGAAUAAGAUGAUGAAAGAUAAAAGUCAAGAGAUCAUACUUAAUUUUGUGAUGAUAAAUAUGAUGAAAUAUUAUUUGUUAUUGAUUCAUCUGAAUACUAAUUGGCUAAAGAUUAAUAAACAUUACCUCUCUUCCUUUAAGAAUAAAAAAAUAAAUAAAGAUAAUUAUUAGAUAAAUAAGAAAUUGAAAACAGAAACAAUUAACGUAUUGCUGAAUUAACAUAAGAAAGAGAUAUCACUAGAGUAUUUUUUUUUAAUUAUUUAGUAAUAAUAUGAAAAUAGAAGAGAUGAAUUAACUAAUAUGGUUGGAGCUCUUUAAGAAGGAAAAAGAAUCAUUAGUAAAUUAAGUACUAAAAAAUGGGAUCCUUUAGCUGGAACUUAUUCUUUCCUUGAAUUCUCCUAAUUUAUGUUUAAUGAACUUGAAACACAUUAAAAAAUAUUGAAAAAAUAAUCCAAUGGAAUUGGCUUACUUUAUGAAUUACUUUUAGAAACUUCCUAGUAAAUCAUUUAUCUAUCUAUUAGAGAUCCUGGAAUCUAAGCUAAUCAAUAAGGUGUUGCUAAAAUUUAAGAAAUUAUUGAUGAAUUAAUUGAAAGCGUUUUUGAUUUACUUAAACAAGAAUUACUUACAGACAAUGCAAGAGAAUAAGAUUAUCAAAAUUAAAAAGAACGAAUUGUUAUACAAAAUAGAAGAUUAGAAGCUACAAUUGCUACAUUUAGAGCUAGAGUUUUAAUAAUCAAUCAAACCAUAUUAGAAUUGAAUAAUGAUAUUAGAUUUAACACUGAAGUAAUAAUAAUCUAUUGAAAUUUCAAGAAAUCAACUUUAUUGAGAAAACAAAAAGAUGAUUGGGAGAGAACUUGUGUUGAUUAUCAUAAUGGUUAUGUUGAGGCUACUAAAAUCAGGUUUAAUAAACAUUUAUUAUAUUUUAGAACCCAAUAAAGUGAUAUCUUAACUGAAGUUAUCUAAGUCUUCAAAAGAAAUUAUAAUGACUUUCCAAGUUUAAUUUAGAAGAUAUCAGUUUGAUAAAAUUAUUAAAUUUAAAAAUGAUAC